ACCGGAAUGUGGAUGGUACAGCCUGCUCAUAAUGCCAACAACUCUCCCCAUAUUUCUAUUAUUCAUAUCGACUCGAUUUACCGUGCUGCACACCUUAUUCCUGUGUAUGGUACUCGACCCAUUUCUCCUCAACAUCAGCACCAUCACACUUACGACAUUUUCCGCACAUUCUAUGUUAACAAAUACGCCAAUCACCACGCCUUUGAAAUCACAUUUUAA